AUGAAGAGACAACAAUACGCCUGCGAUCAAUGCAGAAAGUCCAAGCGAGGUUGCGAUGCCCCGCCUCUGGAAUAUCCAGAUGAUAUGGAUCCUCUACGCGAUGGCAAGUUGAUCGUUGGAGAGAAGCCACCGCUAGUUCAAUCAUCACCCUGUUCUUAUUGUAUCAAAACUCACAAAAAGUGCACUAUGAACUGGGCAUGGACCCAGCUCCAGGUUUCUUAUGCUUUGGCCGCUGCUGCUGGAGGAGAUUCUAGCAUCGAGUGCAUAAUACCUUCAAGGCGAAAGUCUCCAGGGGCGAGUCGAUCGCCGACAACGUCCGUUGGCGCCGACGAUACGAGUGUCGGCGGUGAGUCAACUGCAGCAUCAUACGUGUCUCAAUCACUUCCACCAGUUUUCGACUUCUCGGAAGAGUUCACUGUUCCCUCGUUCUUGAACAACCCACUCGACUCGUUACCGUUUGACUUUGGAGACCAGAACAAUAAUCCUCUGGACGCCAACUUCUGCGAAGUCAACAUCAAUGACAUCAAUAUACCAUCAGAUGGUUCAUCUGAGCCCUUUGAUAUCUUCAAAGAAACAGCAGACACUGCCGUACCUGAACAAUUCAACGUCCUUCCACUUACGCAGCUCCCUGAGGUCAACCUAAACGAACCUGAACAGUCUUUCUUUUCACCGUACAAUCCAAAUAGUUCAGUAGAUUACGACGACAGGAACAUACGGACAAAGCGUCGAAGAGUAUCCCAGGCCGGAAGCGAUACCCAGAACAGUUCUCACAGCUCUCUGUCGUCCUUCUCACUCGAUCAAUGCAUGAUGGCCCGAUCCAACAACCAGCUCAUCUCAUCAAAUCUCCUACAUAUCUAUCACGACGUUCUCGAACACAACCUAACAUGCUGGCUUAACGAAAUUACGUGUCCAUUUGGGCGUUCAAAAGGUCCAAGCAUGCCCCGAUCUUCUGCAGAAUGGGGCUCUUCAUGGUCAAAUAGAGUGCUUCGCCGGACAUUGAGUGUUGAUCGUGGGGCUCAGUCUGCACAGCUCAUACACAUAUCGAAACAUCGGCAAGUAGCGGUUUCUAAAGCUUACCACUUAGCCAUCAUGGCAUUUGCCACACAAUGGGCUCAAGAGUCCCAUCGUCAAAAAGAACGAUACCCUUCCUUAGCAGACACCGACGAGAAUCCGCUGAAUGAGUACAUGGAUGAUGUUAAUGAAGAGUUUGGUCGUCAUCUUCAGCGAAACCUCUGGGAUCAAGCUCGUAGAGCUCUCGACGACGUUGCUGAUGUUGAAUCUUUCCGAGUUGUUUCUGCAGAGAUGAUCUUUGGAUUCACCCAGAAGCCGCUCUCGCAAGACGACAAGGCAAACGAUUGGACCACAUCUGUUCCUUUAGGUGGGAGUUUUGAUGCGGACGCGUUAUCCGAGCAAAUCGCUGAUAUCAUCGAGAACAAUGGCCCCCCAAUCUAUAUGGAACGUGCAGCUCGGAAAAUGCACGUCUUAAAAUACCGCUACGAUGCCGAAAGACGAGGCAUAGCUAAGACGCGCAAGAACAAAAGACCAGUCACUUUGUCUCUGAUGAGUACCGAAGACCAAAGCACAAUCAGUCUUCUUUAUUGGUUGUCUGUCAUGCUUGACACAGUCAGUUCAUCUAUGGCUGAAAGGCCGGUGGUGGUGGUAGAUGCCAACAGCCAGCAUGACGACGCGACGGGUGACAAAGACUGGAAUGUACCGCUGUUCAUCCAGGAUAGCUUAGAGAAGCCUAAACUGGUGGUACAUUGGCCAUGUUCGUAUGACGAGGCCGCCGAGGCCGUCGCGAGAUCAGCGCCCGUCAAGGUUUUGAUGUUUAGGCAUGUUCAUUAUCUCCAGACUGUUUUACGGCAAGGCGAGAGUCCUGAAAAGGUGGAGGAAAUUAUUGAACGGUCUGUGAGAGUCUAUCGGUAUUGGAACAUGACUCAUGGAACAUUCUUUAGAGAGCUCCUUGAGAACUACGACUCAAUCCCAAGCCGCAUCCAAAGCUGGUUUAUCUGCAUCUCCGCGCCCAUGCAUCUCGCUGUCCUCCUCCUUGCCGAUCUGGUAUCCCAAGUGGACAGCAACUCUCUCGGACUUCCUGCACAAGCUCAAAGCCGCACAAAUAGCAAAUGGGUACUCCGUGUCCGCGAGCGCAGCGCUAAAGAGCUAUCUGAUCUCGCACGCGUGACGACACCAAGUACACCGCAGCCUUCGGAGUUUCACCACACGCUCAACGAGAGUAUGAUCCUGACUGAACCGUGGACCGUCAUCUUGGAACGCGCCUUCUCAAAAGCGGCGAUUUAUUGGAUGGGCGAGGCAAAUGAUUUAAGGAUGUUUGAGGCGAAGAGUGAAGUGGGUGAGAGAUUGGCGCAGGCGGAUGAGUGCAUCAGAGCAUUGUGGAUUUUGGGCAAGAAGUCGGAUAGCGCAAGAAGAUGUGCUGAGGUUUUAUCUGGAGCAAAGAGGAAAUUGGUGAUAUAA